UCGGAAUUUAUGAUGCAUGACGGGAAAUUCGUUGACAACAAAACAGUCAUGGACGCUUUCUACGAUCUUCUGUGUAUUUAGCGAUAAAAGACGUCAUUUAUUUCUGUAAAAUCUAUACAGUAUGUCAUGAUUGUAACAUUUUCAUAGAACUAAGUGUAAAAGAACAAUGUCUGUAGAUAAAAUCCACCCAGUUGAAUCCGGCCUGGAUUAUUUCGACGAUGCAGAGUUGGAGAAUCUUUACACAUGGAUUGACAGCAUCCCUCUUUCCAGACCGAAGAAAAACAUAGCAAGAGAUUUUGCUGAUGGAGUUUUGGUGGCCGAGAUAGUCCAGAAUUUCUUUCCUCAGCUGGUGCAAAUGCACAACUACACCCCGGCGAGUUCAACCAGUCAAAAGAGGGAGAACUGGCUCCUCCUCAACAGAAAAGUGUUUAAGAAACUGAACUUUGAACUUUCGGAUGCCCUGAUUCGGGAUUUAGUGAAUGCCAAGCCAGGAACCAUUGAGUUACUUUUACGAAUGCUGAAACGGAAAAUAGAAAUGGCAGAGUGGGAAAUGAAAAGAAAUCCGCCCCAACGGCAGGGAGGAGGUAGGAGAAAUGAGAGUGAUCAGCCGGAGGCCGACCAGAAUAUAGGAUCCCCCGGGCGGAGUAGAAAAGGAGUAAGUCCUACUCGAGGAGGAGGAGGGUAUAUUAAACGACGUGCAGAUAGCAAGGAAGUUGUAACACUUGAUAAGUUAUUAAGGCCUAGCAACUUUACAGAGAAACCCAAACAAAGAAGGAUCCCCCCACAUCUAACUGAGGCAAACUCUGUACCAAGACUGCUGUUUGAGGAUAAGGUCCAGGAAUGUCUGGCCAAAGAUGAAACCAUACAGAUUUUGAAAGCAAAGGUCCAUCGUCUGGAACAUCUCAUUCAAUUGAAGGAUGUACGCAUCGAUGAUCUCCAGAAUCGAGUGGAGUCCAUGCGACCCACAGGGAACCUGCGGCGGUGAAAUAGACACUGACCAGUAACUGUGUACCUGACAGAACAGGACUAUAGUACUCUACCAUUGUCUACGUAAAACUGUGGUGAAUGGACUUUGGACAGAACAAAAGGAUUUUUUUUACUCAGAUGAUUUGACUAACCUUUUAACAAGGGAGUUAAUUUGUACCUUAAUCAAAAUCACUACUAAAUUUAUUUAUUUUUUUGUUAAAUUACUGGUAAGUCAUUUUAGCUAUAAAUGGUUUUUAUUUUGAAGACUGAAUUUUUUUUAAUUCUAAGUUAUGAUUCCUCUUGCUGUUUGCUACGAUUCACGAUUUUAAGAUUUUGUUAAGAACCGGAUUGUCAGUUUAAUAGCAUACACUUUUUUUAUUCUGGUAGACAUUAUAAAGAGCUUAGUAGUUUUCCAAUUUUACCAUACAUAGUAAGCUGGAAUAUUUAAGGGAACAGUAGUUGAAGAAGUGUUUUUUUAUGUAUUGUUGUUCACUGAAAUGUACUGUAUUUCCUUUGUUUGUAUUCCAUUACAAAUCGGGGAUAAAUAUAUCAACUUCUAAUAGCUGGUUAUUUUGUUACAAAUUCAGCAAUAUUUGCACAAACUUUGCCAUUAUUAAAUGACCUGUCCCCCCCCCCCCCCCCUUUCAAAAAAAAUGUUCAAAUUAUUUAUUUUAUUUAAUAAAAUGAAUUACCUAGGGUAAAUACUUGAAACCAUGUCACUUAUGAAAACACUUCAUAAAAUUGGCAAAAUUAAUUUUAAGUAAACUUGAUUAACAUCUCUAAUAUGUCAAAAUUGUAUAAUUUGUGAAAUUUCCAGUCAUAUGGUAUCAGUACAUUGUAGAUACACAUCAUUAAACAUACUGCAUGCUUACAUACCAAAGAAAUUACUGUUGUCCAUUAAACUGUACAGACCAUGUUUGGUAUCCGUCCUCUAAUAUAUCAUUGUUGCCGUCCUUAAGUUAUAUUGUAUCUGACUGUUUUGUUUCACUGCAUGCACAAAGAUGUAUAAUGUAACUAAUCAGAAUUAUAUUGAUGAAUAAAUAUUUAUUAAACUGA